CUAGGGAAAUGCGAGAACACAAGUUCUAUGCUCGUUUAUGGAAAUGCCAUUUCUACAAACGCGAGCUGGAAUACCUCGGUCAUCUUGUCGGGAACAACGGACUUAAAGUCGACCCCAAGAAGGUGGUGGCUGUUCAGAAUUGGCCCGUCCCACAGGACGUGGGUCAGAUCAGGUCCUUCCUAGGCCUGGCCAAUUAUUUCCGCUGGUUCUUGGAAAAUUACUCGACUGUCAUUGCCCCUCUAACAGCACUCACCCGAAAAAGUACUGCAUGGGAGUGGACUCGACAAUGCCAAGAGGCAUUUGACAAAGUCAAAACAAAGCUGACCAAUGCUCCGGUUUUGACGCCUCGACAGUAGGGAUUAGGGCGGUACUCUUGCAG